ACGUGCUUGCCAAACGAGGAGAAAAAGAAGCAAAAAAAGAAAAAGAAAUUGCAGCAAGAAUGUCUCCUCCUCCAUUUGCCCACUUUCCAUCUCGGCUCUUCCUUCUUCCAUAAAAGCAGAAGCUCGCCCGGCCCAUCUCCGCCGCUCGGCUCCGGUGAAGAAGGCGAAACCCAUUUCGGCGCCAGCCAGCCACGAGCGAUCCAUGGAAGACCCGAAGCCGGCUCCGGCUCCGGCUCCGGCUCCGGACCCGACAGCCCAAACGCCUCCCGGUCAACCGCCGCUCCCGCCGCCGAGCAAGAAGCGGCCGCUGGACGCGGACGCCUCCGUCCAGAACUCCAAGUACUUCAGGAUGCGCGCCGUGCUGGGCGACCUCCGUCCCCAUUUCAUCGAGGUGCUUCGGACCCCAGAUUUUCGGAACAGCGAGGCAGCUGAAGAAAUCAGAAAACAGGUUAAGCUUCUGAUGGAUCUAUAUACUCAGAUAACUGGAAAUAGUGCUCCCGAAGUCCAGCCUUCCACAGCAGAAAACCGGAAUGUUUCAAAGGCUCCAGAUUCCAAGUCGAAGGAGCACCAAGAGCAGAAAUCCUCGAAACCAUCCGACAGCAAGCCUUUUCAAUCAGGGUCCGCAUCUGAGAAGCAGCGACCUGAUGACGACGGUAAACUCGUCGGGGCAUCUGCUUUUGGCUGGAAUUUCAUCACCUUUCCGGGCAACGAACCAAUUUAUUACGGCAUGACUAAGGAAUCAUUCCGAGCUGCCCAAGCAAAUGUGCAAGCAUCGUAACCGGGGCUCUCUCUUUCCCGUGUCCGGAGAUUGAAAGCAAUCGCUUAAUGACUCGAAGUGUAAUUGCCGAGGAGAUUUAUGUGGCGGAUCACUCUGUACAUUUUGUAGCUGAUUUAUCUUCAUAAGGAUCAUUCAGAAUCUGACUUUAUGUUCUUGGUAUGUAUGAGCUAAUUCUUCCAUUUUGCCUUCCGGAACAAGUUGAUGAGAUCUUCCUGCUUAAUGCUUGAGGUGGAAGUUGAGGUUC